GAAGGAGCAGUAGAGGAAACAACAAUCGAGCGCGUGUUAUCGAUAACCGAGCGAUAUCAUGACCGAAUACGUGACGCCGAUGAUCAGCAGCGUGCUGAAAAAGUAUCAGACGAGCGCCACGAAGAGCUUGCAGGGCCCCGCCGUGGCGCUCAUCAAGAAGGAACUGUCCAGUUCGCCGGAACCACACGAAACGCUGCAUGAACCGAGCGGCGUUGUUGUUGGUAACGCUGCCGGCGGCGAGCGUGCACAGUUAUAUGCGGCACCGCUGCCACUGCCGCCGGAACUGUCGCAGCCGAUCUUGACGCAGCCGGAUACGGACUGCGGCGAGCUGUACGAGACGCGGCUGGAGGGCAAGACCAUCGGCUGCUUCUCGCUGGGCGGCGAGAUGCGGCUGUGCCUGCCGCAAUUUCUGAACAAUGUGCUCAACGAUUUUACGCUGGAUCAGAUCAAUGGCAUUUUCGAGGAUCUGGGCAUCUCGUGCUCGCAGUGCACGCCCGAUCAGCUGGUCGAGUUCAAGGCAGCCAAAAUUCUGCCCUCCGACGUGAAGGGCAGCGGCCUAAUUACGCGCACCGACGCGGAACGCCUCUGCGCCGCCCUGCUGCAUCGCUCCGACCGGAACAGCUAUGUGCCCGUCGAGAGUCUGGGCAAGGGCGCGCUCAGCUUUCAGGUGUAUCACAAGUGCUUUGGCAAAUGCGAGGGCAUCUGCACGCCGGACAUGUACUCGUACCAGAAGCCGACAUGCAUCCAGUGCUUGGAGUGCAAUUGCUGGUUCUCGCCCCAGAAGUUCGUGGGACAUGUUCAUCGCAAGGUGGAGAAUCGCACCUGUCAUUGGGGCUUCGAUUCACGCAACUGGCACGAUUAUCUGCACGUGGCGCUCGACGUCGAGAACCGGGAGAAAUAUCAACGCAUUUUGGAUCAGCUCAAGGAGGUCGAACUGAAGGAGAUGCACAAGGCGCAGUGCGAACUGGAUCACAAGAAACGAAAGGUGAGUUCCGAUUGGCUGCUGCUCAACUGUCGAUCUGUAUAUCAAUUGCCGUUUCAUUAUUACCGUUAACAACAACAACAACAACAACAACAACAACGAUAACUGUUUUAUAUCAGCGUGAGUUGAGCUCUUAUGAUCGACUAUAAGCUGCCCUGUAAUGGACUAUUUAUGAUUCAAAAAAGAACUUUAAAGUUUUUGUAUAUAUUUUAAG